AUGUCGGACAUGUCUGCCGAGACCACCUCUACUCGGGACGAUCAAGAGACCAUUGACCUCAUUAUCGGUCCUUGCAAUUCCCCUACUAAGGACCGUAUCAAGAAGCUUGACAGAGACUCCGAGCUGGACCAGGACCAAUAUCAGCUCGAUAGUCCAAAGGCACGGUCCGCUGCCGACGCCGGGGACUCGUUCCGUGUGGAUGAAGUCCAUCGCACUGCUGUGGCGCUUGGAGAACACGUCAAAGAGCUUAUUGUCAACGCUAUUAAGGGGCCUACUGGCAAUCGGAACAAGUCUGCCCAUCUCGCCAUGUCAAAGGCGAAACCCAAAGCGACUCGAGGGUCAAAGCCUACGAAGAUGCCGAUGCUGAGCAAACUCGAUAUCGUUCCCGGGACUAUACUCUUGCUCGCGGCGGUGAACAUCGAUGGCGUCCUUUAUCCUCCGAAGCUUCCCGAAGGUCAUCCACAGACCUCAGCCAUCAUCAACUCGUACAUACCCUUCGUCAUUCACCCAGACGACACGAUGAAGAAAAGUCGUAAGACGAGGCCCGAAUACGUUUACCUUGAGGGGGCCAUGCAAUGUGGACCCUGUCGUGAACUCGCCGCUCUGAACUGGCCGGGAAGAACCUCGAAGGGUUACCCGGACCCGACCCCACACGUAGGCUGCGUGAUCGAUGUCAGCAAGAUCAAAACACUUGGGGGAUGCGGGGAGUGCCGAAUCAACGGGAAUAGAGACUGCACGCUCACACACAAUCCGAUCAAAGGGCACUCGGACGUCCCGCUGCCUUUCCCGGCCGAGCAGAUGAUGAGCGGCUUGACCCUCGCUGAACCCUCUCACAACGAGCUGUUGGAGGCGCAGUUUACGACUGAAGCCGUGCAGGCCACAGCCAAGUACCUAAUCGAUCUGGAAGACGCCAACGACGAGAUCGCCAUCGAUGGGAACAUCGAAUCCAUUCUGAAACUAUGGUUCCAGCUCGCACGGCACAAGGAUUAUAACGGGACGCCGGAAUACCAAGAUUCGAUGGCGGUCUUGAACGAUUACUUCUGCUCCGAUGACCAAGGGGAUUCAGAUGGCACGGACGAUCUUGAUCCUCAGAACGGUACGGGUACGGACGUGCAGAAGGAUAUGCACCGACUGCACGAUACGGAAGGAGAGGAAGGUGCCGAAGACAGGGAUUCCGAGGGCGGUGUUUCAUCCAUUUAG